AAGUACAGAAAGUGAGAAACCGAUAUAUAUCUGCACUGUAACGUUGGGUCGUUAGAGUUGGAACCAGCGUUUGAGCUCCGUUAGCGAUAGAAGUAUUAUAUAUACAAUUGUCUCGUAUCAAGUCCGUUUGUCUAGGCUUUGUUACAUUAUUGACCAAUAUAGAAAAGUCCCAAUUGAGUAUCAACGAUGUCAUUAGCGCUUGGAAUGUGCGAGACGCCCGGUUGCAACGCGGUCGCCAGUUUACAAUGUCCAACUUGCCUGAAACUCGGGAUUCAUGGUUCAUACUUUUGCAGUCAAGACUGCUUCCAAGGGAGUUGGAAAAUGCACAAAGUUAUCCAUCAAUUAGCGAAAGGAGAAAGCAGCAAGAUCUCUGGGAACAAUUAUAAUCCUUGGCCAACUUAUACUUAUACUGGAAAAUUAAGACCACAUAAAAAAGAGCAACAAAGACAAGUUCCUAGUAACAUCAAGGCACCUGACUACGCUUCCCAUCCAACUGGAAUACCACUCAGUGAACAAGCCGCACGAGGUUCUGGUCAUAUAAAGGUCCUAGAUGAUGAAGAAAUUGAAGGCAUGAGGGUAGCAUGCAAGCUUGGCCGUGAGGUUCUAGAUGAAGCGGCAAAGGCGUGCGAUGUUGGCGUGACGACCGCCGAGAUUGAUCGAAUAGUACAUGAGGCUUGCAUAGAAAGGGACUGCUAUCCGUCACCGUUGAAUUAUUAUCAAUUCCCUGCUAGCUGCUGUACUUCCGUCAAUGAAGUAAUCUGUCAUGGUAUACCUGAUACUCGACCUUUACAAGACGGUGAUAUUUGUAAUGUGGAUGUUACGGUAUAUCACAAUGGUUUUCAUGGUGACUUGAAUGAGACUUUCUUGGUGGGUAAUGUAAAGCCGGAAGUGAAGAAAUUAGUGAAAGUGACGUACGAAUGCCUGUCUAAGGCUAUUGAUAUUGUAAAGCCUGGUGAAAAAUAUAGAGAGAUUGGUAACGUCAUCCAGAAACAUGCGCAGGCACAUGGUUUUAGCGUAGUACGUAGUUACUGCGGCCAUGGAAUUCAUCGUCUGUUUCACACAGCACCGAACGUACCACAUUACGCUAAAAACAAAGCAGUGGGCGUUAUGAAGGCUGGCCAUUGCUUUACAAUCGAGCCAAUGAUAUCCCAAGGCACGUGGAAGGAUGAAACGUGGCCCGAUAAUUGGACCGCUGUUACAUUAGAUGGUCAAUGGUCUGCACAAUUUGAACAUACUCUUCUAGUAACGGAGACAGGUUGUGACAUUCUCACGAAGCGACUUGUAAAUGACGGUAGACCAUGGUUCAUGGAUCGUUUGUAGUAGCGUUUUUCCUACGACUCUAUAUAAGCCUUUGACACUUAAAUAAGCCUUGGGUUACGUGAAUUGAUAAAAUAGAAAUUUUUUAAUGCUAGUUACUGCAUUAUCUAUAUUUAAUAAACUUAAUUUUCUGUUUUUGCAAAGUUUUUGCACUAAUGAAACAAGUAAGCAAGAUAAUCAAGUCACUAUUUUAAUUAUACAUUUGUAUACCAGUCGGUACGAAAUUUAUUAAUUUUUCACGGAUCAUUAGAUAAUCUUGAAAAUAUGUGUCAAAAUUAUUACAAUAUACCUUGAUAUAUGUAUAUAUUUUGCAAAUAAUGUUUAAACAAAUGAAUAAAAUUUUAC